UGGAUGCCAUCUGGUGGUGGUCGGUGCAAGCAGGAGCCACUGGUGCCCCGUAAAGUGCAUAGCGCCGAAACGAAAGGAAGGCUGGAAGAAGGGAAGGUUGAGCCCGGGACGCGAGGACCUGACGAGUUUCCUUCUCGGCGGAUCUAACCCGGGAGCGCGCAGGGUUAUUCAUCAUGCGCACGAUUCAUUCGCGCUGCCAGCAACAAAAGUAAGCGUGCCUUUCCCUGUGACGAGCUGCGAGCCCUCUGCUUCCAUCAUCGGCGAUCACGACGGACGAGCACGAUGUGAAACCACGAGGCCCUCGAACAACCCUCAAGCUGUCGUGCUUUUUCCCGGAGGUAUCUUCGAGAACACUCGAGUGCACCAGCUUAUCCCUUCCAAUCUCAACUUGUCGAUAAUCAAUCCGUAGAAUACUUUUAACAUCGGACUCGAGGAAACACUUGAAGUUGACGGAAAGAUAGUUCAUGUCGAUGGUGAACGGGGAUAAAGCGAAGGGAUCAUAUACCGAGACACAACAUACAAGGAGUGCGAGUGAUUCGCGAUGUGGGUGUCCCCGGCAGUGUGGUGAUCGACCCAGAAUGUCAGUGAUCUGCGAAAUUGACGGAGGAGGAGCAUCGCGACACGGAUAACCAUCACGACGACCGAUGGCAGCGUUUCGUCGCGAGUGUUAAAGUAUCUUAUCGCGUGCGGGGCUAGCGGUCGCGAGCGGUGGCGAGAUAUCGACCGCAGCCGUCGAAUUAAUCGUCGAAGGUCGCGAGCACCGCCUCGCAUUGUCCUUCGUUCAAUCCGAUCGACGAUCCGAUACUUUCCAGUCGAUGAUCUUAGCCAAGAGCAAACCGAUGACCGAUCACGGUCGAACGUGGACAUCCUCGAGCUAUCUACUGGUUUAUGACGGAUGACGAGCGAAAUCACGAAUUUUUUCGUUAAGACUCUCUCUCUCUCUUUCUCUUUUCUUCGAUCGUAACCGAUCUUUCUCAAUUCACCCUUCAUAGUAUACAUUAAACGAUUCCAGCAAUCUUUGAGAAAACAAUUGUCACAAUCGCCGGGCAAUAAAUACACCUUAUGGAUGACAGUGAAGGGUGGAACUGUUCUCAUGCGCUUAUCUUCUUUAACUACAUUUGUCAUAAUUCGCAAUAGAGACCAGUCAUUGCCUCAUACGUUGUACUUCGGCAAUGCAAUUUCACAGACACUGUAAUUGUCAAAAUCGAUUAUAACCGAUUACAUCAAUCAGAUCGAGUACAGAAUCGUUAUAUUUGUGAACAAUCGCUACCGAUUACUCAAAGAAAGCUUCAAGUUAUUGGUGAUUGUUUCGGUGAUAGUGCUUGCACUUCCUUAUCCACACGGUCGAGCAGAUCGAACUCGCACCGGGUCUAAGGACUUCGACCGCUACGCUCCCUCACUGUUUCGAGGCUGCGCGCGAGGAAACGCGUGGUUGAAUCGAAGCGACCCUCUCCGAACGAGACCCACUGACCUAUCGACUCAACGGGCAGCCACUCGAGGCCGUUUCAACCACCCCUCUUCUACUUUCUACCCUGAUGUUUGUUGUGGUUGCCCUUAGCUUCUUGGUCCAACCUGCAGCUCAAUUUCCCCUACUUUCAAACGCGUUGAAAAAACAUUCGCUUUAUUCAUAUACGUGUAAAUUCUUUCUUAAACUAAAAACAAUGACUUCAAGAAUUUUCAAUAGUGCACAAUGAUACUAAACAUCUCUUAAAAACUUCCUAUUCGAUUCCUCGUCUUCCACUUGCAUGCCCUUUUGAAGCUGAUGAACUUAAUCGAUUGAAGUUUAACCAAAAACAGAAAAUAAACCGAGACAAAUGUCCGAUUGUACAUGGCAAAAGAUUGAUUGAAAAUAGAUACAUCGAGCUCAAAAUUCUUUCCGUAAUCGGUGAGUUGUGCCAGCGCAUCGUAAAAGUGUGACGUAUCGAUACAAACGUCGUAUCGAUAAUAACGUAAUGAAAGAUCAACAUUAUCAAUAUAACACCAGCAAUCAAACACGAAAGACAACAAAAGAUUAAGAGUGAGAAGUGAACGCUUCAUGAAGAAAGAAAUCUUCGCUUUAAACAUUCACAGACAAUGAUCCCGACGAUUACAAAGAGAUGCAAAUAAAUUCUGCAAUAAUCCGCACAUGAAUAUUUACAUGUAGACAAAAAUAUAAUGGGAUAGAAGCAAGUACUCGAGUAAUCUUGAAAGUGACUGACUAUUCAAAUUGACUGUCCGAUUCAUUUAUCCUCAUCUCGUCGCUGGCCUCAAUACAACGCAACAACAACGACGCUGUCUUCGACAGUUAUCACAUGUAGAAAUGCCAUAGCUCGUAUUAACUCGUAUCUUUACCGAAAGCAAACGUGCGAAAAAAAAAAUGGCUGAAAGCGGAGCAAGUCCGGGCAGCGUGCAUGCGAACAGCCCGCAACAGCAGCAACAACAGCAGACACAACAACAACAACAAUCACCACAGCAACAGCAGCCGUCACAGCAACAGCAGCAGCAACAAACACAACAGCCUCCAGAUAUAAGCAGUUCACAGCUGACAUCUCCGCCGAUCACGGGAACAGCCCAGAUCGAGAUAAUCCCGUGCAAAGUAUGCGGGGACAAGAGCAGCGGCGUACAUUACGGCGUGAUCACCUGCGAGGGCUGCAAGGGCUUCUUCAGGCGGUCGCAGUCGUCGGUCGUCAACUAUCAAUGUCCGCGGAACAAGAAUUGUGUGGUCGACCGUGUAAACAGAAACCGGUGCCAGUACUGUCGGUUGCAAAAGUGCCUACGCCUCGGCAUGUCAAGAGAUGCCGUUAAAUUUGGGCGCAUGUCGAAGAAACAACGGGAAAAGGUCGAAGAUGAAGUCAGAUUCCACAGGGCGCAAAUGAGGGCGGCCUCAGAGACGGCGCCGGACAGCAGCGUCUUCGAGCAUCAGACGCCGAGCAGUUCGGAUCAACAUCAUCCUUAUAAUGGCGGGUAUACAUACGGCGGUAGCGAAUACACGUCGUCAGGUCCCGGCACCGGCGGUUAUACGAAUUACAAUCAUCAGGCGAUGACGAAUUACGAGCUUAGCGCCGACUACGUCGACAGCACGACGACCUACGACCCCAGACCGACGCAGACGCAGGUCGCAGACACCGUCGCGCCCGACACACCCUCGGCCGUCACCGCGACCGGGGUGCUUCCCAGCGUGGUCACCACCGGGAAGUCUCUGUCCGCCUCGACGACCGGAAGCGGCGCAGGGGGUGGCGGUACCGGCGGAGGCGGAGGCGGCGGCGGCGGCGGCGGCGGCGGCGGUGGUAGUGGUGGUGGUGGUGGUGGUGGUAACGGUGGUGGCGGUACUGGUAGCGGUAAUGGUAGUGGUAGCGGCGGCGGCAGCGGUGGUGGUUCCGCCGCGGCCGCCGGCGGGACUACUGGGGGUGGUGGCGGCGGCAGCGGCUCCCUGAGCGGCGGCGGAAUCGUCGCCGUGAAACAGGAGACCACCGUCGAACUCGCCGGCCUGGGCCACGGCUCGUACACGAUGGUUGACUCGACGACCUUUCUUAGCGGACAGCAGCAAAGGGUCAGCAACCCAUCUGAAGAUGACGAAGUGCCGAGUCUGCCCAGUAUGUCCCAUGCGAUGAGAUAUCCGGCACAAAUCAGCGAGCUUCUCUCGAAAACGAUAGCAGACGCUCACGCAAGGACAUGCCUGGUGUCGACGGAACAGAUCCUGGAGUCCUUCCGGAAGCCCACCGACAUCUCCAGAAUGAUAUACUAUAAGAACAUGGCGCAUGAGCAGCUUUGGUUAGAGUGCGCCCAAAAGUUGACCACCGUCAUCCAGCAGAUCAUCGAAUUCGCUAAAAUGGUCCCUGGAUUCAUGAAGCUCUCGCAGGACGACCAGAUUGUUUUAUUAAAGGCCGGUUCCUUCGAGUUGGCUGUGCUACGAAUGAGCAGGUACCUCGAUCUCCAGCAAAACUGCGUCCUAUACGGCGACACCUUGCUACCGCAGGAGGCGUUUUAUACGACGGAUACGGCGGAAAUGAAGCUUGUUUCCUGCGUGUUCGAGCUGGCCAGAAGCAUCGCCGAACUGAAGCUCACCGAAACCGAGUUGGCGCUCUAUAGCGCGGCUGUUCUACUUAGCCCUGAUCGACCGGGACUGAAGUGCCUGGGAGACAUCAAUAGGCUGUCGCAGGCGGUGAUCAGAGCGUUGAGGUCAGAACUAGAUCGGAAUCACGUGACGCCAAUCAAGGGCGAUGUGACCGUGUGUGACGCGAUUCUCGCGAAGAUACCGCAGCUACGAGAGAUCUCGUUGCUGCACAUGGACGCACUGGCGAAGUUCAAGCGGUCGCAGCCGCACCUCGAGUUCCCGGCCCUCCACAAGGAACUCUUCAGCGUCGAUAGCUGAACGAACGACGCGGCGCGGAACGUCGUCCCGGCGCUGCCGAGUAGACAGGAGCGCGAGUAGCGUCCCGGACCUUGCUCGGUCAAGAUUAUUUCCUUCGUAAUGAACGUAUUGGGCCUUAAAUAAACAUAAAAAACAUUGUUAUAUAUAAAGUAUACAUAAAAAAAGCAACAUAAAGUAUAUAUACAGAAGAAAUAUAUAUAUAUAUAAAUAUAAAGUAUAAAUAUAUACAUAUAUAUAUAUAUAUAUAGAGUGUGGAUGCGUAUGUGUAUACGCGCGCGCACGAUAUGUCGGAGAAGCAGAGGUGUAUACACAUACGCAUGUCUUGUUAUAAGAUUAUAUUAUAUAGACCGAGAGGAAAAAAAAAUCGCGAACGCGUGCGAAGGGAGCGAGCGAGAGCAUGAGAAAGUGCGUGUGUGAGCGAGAGAAACAACGAGCGCGAUCGUAUGAGUGCUGAUCGGAGAGAGGUAUCGGUUGUUACGAUACAUACAUAAAGUAUAUAUUGUAUUAACUAAAAAAAGUAAUGGAGGGAGGAGAGGGGGAGAGGAGAACGGUGAUUAACCGAGUCCCGCCGGGACGGUCCGAGGAUGACGCGGAUAAUAUUAUAAUCGAGGACUGACGUUUCACGGCAAGUGAAUCUCGGUUGGGCCGCUCGUGCGACAUAGAGACCCGAUAUUAUCGCACCGUCGAGCACGAGAAUAUGACAGGCGGGCGAACCCAGCGAAAUAGUAUCGACGAAGGGUAGAGCUUAUUGCAGAGGACGAGGAACCGUGAAACCGCGCCGGAGUUAGGUGUAAUUAAGCGCGAUAAUGACGAUGAAACGGGGAUGCGUCUUUAUCCCUAUUAGAAUUUUCUCCGCGAAUUUUCACUGGAUUAUCUUUUCUAUCUUUAUCUUGCCCCUGUUAAUUAUUGCACCUGUAUACCGUUCGUUAAUAUUACGUAAUUAUUAGUGAUAAAGAUAUGUGAUGAUGAUACGGCGUAGACAAACGCUAGGAAAUUAAGAAGUUUGAUUGUUAAAAGUAGAAAAGAAAAACUUAUAGGGACAGAUGAAAAGAGAAGAGUAAAAAGUUUCAAGCAAGUUAGGGAAAUCGCGAAAUAAGAGAAUAACGCAGAAGGAGGGAAUUAAUAAGAGUAUAAUAUAUUGAUCAUUAUUGUUAUGGUCGACAUGUACGAUUUUGUAAAAACAAUUGGGGCUUCUCUCUCUCUUUUCUCUUCUCGUACAGCUUGUAAAGGACCGGUUUGUUCGCUAAAUGUUCAAAAUAUAAACGUUAGUUGAGUGAUGAUACACGUAGCACAGUACGUGACACAGCAUCUUAUAUAUUUAAAGAUACGACAGAAUUACCCUUUUAAACAUAUUGUCAUAUUAACGUCAUAUUGUCGUAUUACAAUACGAUAGGCGAAAUUUCUUUCAAUUUAACAAGAAUAUUCGGCGAAUAAACGCAUCCUUCUACAUAUAAUUGGCUUAAACGCAAAACGUCGGCUGCGGUUACGCGUUCUAUCGCCGCCGCGAGUUCGAGUAUAGUGAUUCGAGUAUAGUUCUGAGCUACUUUAUAGCAUAUAAAUACACAUAUAUAAAUAAAUAAAUAUAUAAAUAUAUAAAUAAAUAAUUAUAUAUAAACACACUAUAUACAUUAUAUGAGAGUAUAUUUCGACGGAACUAUCGAGAUUCGACGGUCCUCGCGAUUGAUGAAAAUAACGGGCGUUGUAGAGAGUGAUUUCGUUCACGGACCAACCCGGCUGGAUCUCACGGAUAACGGUGACACACGUAAAACACGUUCACGAAUCCAUAUACAUACAUCAUACUUACUUAUAAACAUGUACACGUAGAGACGACAGACAGAAAAAAAAGGAAGGGAAUGAAAGAGAGAAAGAGAGAAUGAAAGUGAGAGCGAGAGAGAGAGAAAAACGUUAUACGAAUCGAUAUGCGCGGAUGCGACUUUCACGGAUGCAGGCAUAGAUAGAGCUAAUCGACCGCAUUAUGCGCGCGCAUUAAAAACAUUUUUGGUACUAUACGGCACUUGUAUGACGCGUCUCUUUAUACGUAAAACCCGUACUUCUUAUGGAUAAAAAAAAGAAGAAAAAAAAAAGACACAAUAGCCCGUUGUCGCGCGCUGAGACACCCUCACGAAGCGUUUACAUAUAUACGCACCGUCACCGGCUUUCCUCGCUGUCGUCGAUCGUUGAUCGAAGAUCAGGAUGAAGAUCGAGAUAUAUUUAAUAACGGCUCGUUGUUCGUCAACACUUUCGCGACCGCUCGCAUAUUUUUAGAUAGAAAUUAUGUCGUUCGGCGCCGGACCGAUUUAAAAAGUAUUCGUACGCCUUCGCGUUGUUACUAAGUAUAAAAUUAUGUUGCUAAGUGGCAGGUUGGAAUAAAAAAGGCAUUCGUACACCAUCGCUUGUUUGCUAUAGAUAACAUUACGUCGUUAAGGAGCAAGCUGAAAUAAUAAAAGUAUUUGUAUGCGCCACUUUCAUUAUAAAUAUCUAACUCUCGUUGUGUGUAGCGCAAUAUUAAAUCCUUUAAGUCUUUUAAAGAUAUAUGGCUUGUAAUAUCUAUUUAAAGAAUAAUAUAAGAAUAUGUAUAGAAUUGCAAUAUUUUCUUCAUUUACAAGUUACUUAUAGCGAUGACGUGCGAAUGCUAUUUAUCUCAUUCGAUAAUGAAUUUUUUUAAGAUAAACUAUAAAUAUUGCAGCUACUUAUGUAAACCCUAAACGGUAUAAGCGGGGUCUGACAGACCGUUUUUAAUUACCAAACGUUAUAGAAAUUUGAUAACGCUCUAUUAUUAUUAUUAUUAUUAUUAUUAUUAUUUGUUUGUAUUUAUAAAGUUUAAUAUAAAUGAAUAAAAUCUAAUUUCCACACGUCGAUUUCGGACAUAUUUAUUUUCAUUGUAUACAAUUAUAUAUUAUUAUUGUUCAUGUAAUGAACCCCUUUGUACCGUAUGUCGAUCCCCUUUAUUACGUAAGUAAAUAAAAUAAUUUAUACUGUUUAGAGGGUCUCCAAUAGAAAUAUUAUAUAUUUAACUCAUUAUUAUACCUUUUUCAAAACUACGAUUAAAUAAUGUUAAACCAUAUCACACAAGACUUUUGUUAAAAAUUAUAAGCAUUUUUCUUACUCAGACAUUUUAUUUUUAUAUUUAUAUUUAAUAACAAGAUCUUUAAUGUAAAACAACAUAAUAUAAAAUAUAACAGUUGUAAUUUUUAAUGAGUUAAAUGUAUUGAUAUUAAAGUAUUAAUUGUACUAAUUUAUAGUUGAAUAUCAGUGGUCGCGAAAGUGUUAAGUGUAUUGUUAUUAGUUCUACAUGUAUAUAUAUAUAUAUAUAUAUAUGUAGUUCGAUUUUUAUUGCGUAUUUAUAUAUUUUUAACUUUCUGAUAUUGGAUAACAAAAGUAUUAAUUCUUCGCGUUGAAUUCAAUUCAGUUUAAAUGACAAUUUGUAUGCACAAUGACUUUACAAUCGUUAAACGGAUAAUUGUUUAUUUGUUAAUGUUAAAGUAAAUUUUACAUACAAGUAUUUAAUUAAUAUAAUAAUAUGAUAUUAAAAUUGCUCAUCAAUAUGCUACAUUAAUAAAUGCAUUUCAAUAUUUUAUUUAUAUUUAUUAAACUUUACAAUAAAUUAGAGAAUACUAAUUUUAAAAAUAAGAUUUAACUUUUUGACACUUAAAACAUAACUCAUGUUUUUGAAAUCUUAGAACAUUGAGUGUUUGAUCUCUUCUUUUCUCAGUCUGAAUUUUUUCAUUAACCCAUUUAAUAUUUAAAUUUCCAAAUAGUUAAACUUUUAUAUAAAUAUUAUAAGUAUUUUAAACUUUUAGAUGAAUUUUAAUUUUUGAAUCUUUGUUAUAUGUUUGCUUCUUGCAUUUUAAAAUUUUGAUUAACAAAAAAUUAUUAAAUUAAGUUUAAAGUCAUUGCCAAGCAGCAAAUAAUAAACCAACAAGUUACUUUAGCUUUCAACUGUGACUGAAAUACUGAUAAUUAUCAUACUUAAGAUUAUCGUAAAACUUUUAACUGAGUCGAGUAAAUAUAAUUUCCUUUAAUUCUUUUUUGAAAAUAUUUAUUUGUUAUACAAAGUAAAAUAUUAUUUUAAAAUAGUUUUAGAAUAAGAUGAAGCACAGAUUUGCGCAACCCUAAUUAUACAAUAAGAUCACAAAUAGACGAGUGAGAAGUAACUUUCGGAUGCAUAUAUUAAGUCAAUUUUAUUCUAAAUAUAUAUAUUUCUGUUUAUAAUUAAAUUAUCAUGUAUUUGCAUUUUUAAUAUUUUUUGCAUCAAUAGUUAUUAAGUAAAAGAAAUUAUAAUAAUAUUGAUUAAAGUAGUAUGAAAAAACAAUGAGUCUAUUUUCUUAAUUUUUUAUUGAAAAUGAAGCCAUUUAUACAUUACAAGAAAGGCAGCUUUAAUGAUGUUAUAUUUUUUUUAGACAUUUAAAGAUGAUAUUUCUUCUUAGAAAUAAGGAUAUAAAUUGCUUCUUUCAAAUAUUGGCUUUUUUACAUUGCAAUAGUUUCGUAUUGUAUUCACUUUAUUUAAUUUUUUUUAACGGAAUAAUUUGACUUAUACGACUUUGUACGUCAAGCACUGGAAUAAUCGUAAAUGUUUUUAACGAAUCAAUCUCGUUACUAUUGACGAAAUUAGUUGAUGAAGACAUUUGUUACUGUUCUUUUCUUAUUCUUAACGAGAUUAAAAUGAGCUCGUUUACGUAACAGCGUGCAGGCAAAAGUCUUAAUAUGCAUCCGAGAGAAUCAAACGCAAUUGAAAAAAGAUCAACGAGAGCGACGGCGAAUCCGUCACGGUGCGCCGACUGACACGCUUUCGGACGGUUGCAUAUACUUAUAGAAAAAUUAAGAGAAUGCAUAUUAUUCUGCCGAUUAACGAGUAAGUGCGUAGGAUUCGUUUAAUUGUAGAUCGAACACGUACACACAGUCACGUUACGCGCGAGUGCAAGAUGCAUACCAUCUAUGACCCUUCUUCGCUCACAUCUCUAUCCCCUUUACUCGAGAGCAACACGUAUACACGCGCACACACUCACAGAAGCGUACACAUACUAACAUAUGAACACGUACAUACAUACAAUUAUACACACACACACACACACACACACACACACACACGCAAACAUAAUGUACACACAUGCGUACAUAAGGCGCAACACGUACACGCGCACGCACGUUGCAAUUAGACGUUAUUAUCGCAAUUUGGAGUUAAAUUUUAUAAUAUAUAAUAUAUAAAAAAUAUAUAUAAUAAAUAUAUAUAUAAAAGUUGACGGAUAAUAUAGAGUUAUGUUAAAUAUCUA